CACAAAAAAAUGGCAGUUUCUACACAUACAAAUCAUAAGCAAGGAUAAUGUCUUCCAGCAUUUGAAGAUAGCUGUUGCGCUUCUAGAUAAACAUACCUAAACUUCUGCUACCUAGGUAUCACUUUAUACAUAUCCGGGUAGACAUCAUACCUAUUUUCACGCCAUCCAUACAACCUACAACCUUGUCUGUAUUAAUCCUUGUCGGCAAUCCUUGUCAUUGCUUGUCCCUCAUCAUCAUUAGUGUAAUGCCUAAACAUUAUUAACGCCUUUCGACUUUCACGAUUCAACUUCUAUGUUUUAGCUCAUAUUGACAUAUUGACAUAUUGACAUACUGACAUAUCAUUACAACCCAGAGAUUCUGGGAAUCGUUCACCAUGGCAGCAACGAGCGAUCCGCCGGAGGACUCUGUCUCUACAUUCUGCGACUUCACCGGCCUACUUCGAGGAGAAGCUAUCACACGUUUGAAAGCGAACAACAAUGAUCUUCAACGAGCAAUGGAAGAGUAUUUUGAGGAUCCCAACAGCCAGAAGUACAAAUGGGAUGAAUCGCAGUUCAGCAUGGAUCGCCACGGCGAGGCCAAUGAUACAGGAAUAUCUUUCAACAUUCAAGGCCCAGACGAACUUGCGCCUACCAGCUACCAGAACACUGCCGCUCCGACUAGACCCCCUUCGAGGGCGAACAACAACUCACCCUUCGGUGCUCCAACCAACGCUGCCGAAGAAGAUGCCAAUUUAGAACGCGCACUGGCCGAGUCUGCUGCUGAAUCAGGAAUACCCCGCCAGGAAGCUGGCAUUGUCGAUAACGAGACAAAUCUUAAGUAUUUUGGUCCCGCAAACCGACCUCAAUAUGACACCGAGCAGUGGGCCAUGGUCCCUACGAAGGCCAGUACGGACGCCGAAAAGGCCGACCCUACCCCAUCCCAGAGAAAACGGGAACCCGAUGCGCCCGCCUUUCUUCGCCAGACGAAGGAUCAUAGAGUUGGUUUUCUACUGUCAAUUUACCAUAAAAUCCCACUUGUCCGAAAUAUUCUCCUUCGGUACGGCACAUCAGCUAAGAACUAUGGACACAACUCGGAAUGGUGGCGAGGUCAACCGAUCCUCAAGCAUGAGCAACUCGCAGCAAUGGCGAGGGGGGAGUCAGAUUGGGGCAAUGAAGCACGUCCGGAGUUUGCUGAAGAAAUCCAUCGUCUAAUGGCCUUCCUCGACAGAACAGAACGUGCAUAUGGAUCUGUUGACCCCCUUAUCGAUACCGAAGAAAUCGAACCGAAUCCUGGGGCAUGGGCGUCUGACGUUGAGGAGAAGCUCUUCGACGUCCUCAAACAGGAGGCUAAGAUGAAUCCCAACUUUGGCAUAGAUGACAUGACUACGGUAGGCACAAUAUUGGCUUGUGGGCCACGUCCGAGUGACGAGCCUCAAUCGGAGGGUGACGGCGACACUUCUAGUGAUGAGGGUCGGGAGUUUGCACUCCUAGAAUCACUGCUAGAUCAGGACCAGUAUUCAUGGGUGGACACGCUCUACGACGCCUUUGACCACAUUUUAUGGUCACAAGCGUUAAACAUUGACUAUCCUUUUCCAGAAGCGGCUUGCUACGCUGUUUUAUCAAAGGCUGCUGAGGUGGUAACGGCCCGGCUCAGUGGCGCCGGGCUAUCUAAGCCCUGCGAGAUCCCUGCCGUUCUCUACAUGGAUCGAUACUUGGAAGAUCGAAAGGAUCUUGCUCUGAAGUUCCAGGUUCACAUGCGUUACGCCAAGAACAAGCUACGUACGUAUGAUCUGUUGGAAGCGAAUCUAUCGAGAUGCCAUGGGCAACGAUGCCACAGGGUGAAUGGCCUUGAAGAUGGACCGCACGAUCUCAUCGCUUGUUUAAACGGAAUCAUCCAGUUCACUGAGAAAUUAAUACAGCGCCAGACCAGAACUGCCCAAUGGCGUCAUUACCACGACCGUAUAGGAAAGAAUCUUGAACUUAGCCUCGAGGACAUCUCUAACAUCUCCACGUGGAGCGGACCUUACAAAUUCUUACCUGACGAAGAAGAGAGAAUGAAGGAGUGGAAAGGCAUAAUAGAUGGAGCAAACAAAAAGAUCGAGGAGUUAACGGAAGACUUGGCAAAAAUCGCGAAGGCGAAGAAGUUUUAUUCCGACUCCCUCAAGAUAAUUUCCAAACGUCUGACAUGUCAGGAGGACGAAGUCGAUGAUGCGAACUUCGUUUUCCGAUCGACUACCGCCUACAAUCCAGAAUAUUGGAAUCCUACCCACCGAUAUUCACUACGCGGCGUUGCACUUACGCCUGAAUUGGCAUAUGUUUGUGUAAGGCAAGAUGCCGAUUCGGCUGAUGCCAUCGAGGAGCCCAAUCCCAAGGACCAAUGGUGGAAGAUAGGAUGCUCAGCCGGCGGAACUCCUAUCAAGGCCGAGAAAGCAACACAGGAAGAUGUUCUCCAUGCGGCUGGAACGGAGUCUAAACACCCUCUUCUUAUCUAUGCCACCGAAGCUGCCAUGACGGCGACGCCCAUUCCGUUAUCGGACGCUCUACGGAUGUUCGUCCGGGCGGACAAUCGUUCGUUUCAGCAAGAACUCGUCCAGGAACAAAAUCGAACACAGCCUGCAGAAGGUCACCCUACUUCAGGAGUCAGAGCUGAAGAUCUUCCGCCAGUCGCUGUCGCAUCACCAGGGAAACGGAAACACAGCGUCGGUUCAUCGGUUGCUACACAGGGAAGUUCCCGGGCUGACCUUACCGAUGUUGAUCCGUUCCACUGGGAAAUGCAAUCGGAGGCCGGAAACGGCGAUGCGGAGGAGACGCAAAGAUCGACGACUACACCCAAAUCGCCCGAGAUGCAAGAACGUAUUGGCGGCCCAGCACCAUUCCUAACUCGGCCGGACUACGCGGUACAGAGUGGCUCUGCUGAGAUGAUGGAUAUUGACAUGGAUGUGGAACAUCAUGAGGGAUGAUCGAAUCACGUAUGGUUUGUGGUUUGACAUCUUCUCCUGUUAAAUUUAUGGGAAAUGAAAUUGAUGUCUGAAUGAGCAUUUCGCGAAGACAUCGAUUGUGUCUAGAUUAUCGAGAUGUUCCGAUAAAGGGGGGCACGGGAUGGAUUCGGUUAUAUGCAUGGAAGGAAACCAAAUAAUUGAGCAACUGAUUUCCUAGUUGUGAUGUUUACCCCAGGAUAAGUUACCUGUGGGCCGUGUAUACUAAAUACUGUACCAUGAUGACACCCACGAUACCCCCAAAUUAGGUAGUUAAUGAAUGAACAUGAGGCAUGAAUCAGAUUCGGAGUGGCCUUUUUAAGCUUAAGGGGCCAGCGGCUCCGGUAACCUAGAUAUAUG